UCAGUUUGGGAUAGCCGCAAUCGAAGAUGAGGGCCUGUGCACUAUGCACAAACACCAGGAAGAACUGCACCUGCAAAAUCAAUUCAACAAUUCAGCAGAUUUAACAAUACAGACGGACACUAGAAUUUAUAAAUGUUAACUUCAAAAUGAACAUCACCGCGUUGCCGAUUGACAGGAUGUCUAAUAUCUAUAACAACUCUGUAGUGCGAUACUGGCAAUUUCUAUUCCACGACUUAUCUGAUCCUCGAACCAGGGACUGGUUUCUCAUAUCAUCGCCCUUACCCGGUCUUAGUAUCUUGAUCGGCUAUCUUUAUUUUGUAUUGUCAUGGGGCCCGAGAAACAUGGAACACCGAAAGCCGUAUCAGUUAAAAAAUAUUCUAGUCGUUUAUAACUUUUUGCAGAUUCUUCUUAGUACAUGGUUAUUUAAAGAAGGCAUGGAAGCGAUAUUUUUCCAUAAUUACAGCCUUACAUGCGAGGGGGUGGAUUUUUCAUACAAACCGUAUCCUCUAAGAGUCGCAAGAGGCGUUUACAUUUACUUUCUGGCGAAACUCACAGAGCUUCUCGACACGGUGUUCUUCGUAUUGCGCAAGAAGGAUAAACAAAUCACAUUUCUUCAUAUGUACCAUCAUACCGUGAUGCCAAUGAUAUCAUGGGGCGCUACAAAGUAUUAUCCCGGUGGCCAUGGCGUCUUUGUAGGAAUUAUGAAUAGCUUCGUACAUAUUAUCAUGUACACUUAUUAUCUCCUGGCAGCAUUGCUACCUCAUAAUUUGCAAAAACGGUAUCUCUGGUGGAAGAAAUACAUUACUACUCUACAAAUGUCCCAAUUCUGUGUGGCCUUUCUACACAACUGCCUAUUGUUGUUCUAUGACUGCAACUAUCCAAAAUGGUCGGUCAUUCUGGUGUUGCCGAAUGCGAUGUUCUUCUAUUUCCUGUUUUCGGACUUCUACAAUAAUGCUUAUACUUCCAAGAAAGAAAAUGGCGCAGUGCCGUUGAUUCAGAACUCGGCCAAAGCGAAUGGCGUCGCGGAGAAAGUGAGCGACGGGAUACCGAACGGAAAAGGGAAAAGCGAUUAAAUGGGUGCAGCCGAGGAAGGAGACGAUGCAAUUGGAAUGAGAUGGUCACUAACAUUUCACUUAA